AAUGAGUUAUCAACUUUAUCCUAAGCCUUUCCAUUUUUGUAAAGUGAUUGAAAUAUUUUUAGAUUACUAUUUACCUUAUCCUCGCUAACUUGCCAUUCCUAUGAUUCCUCCUUAUAAUCUAAACAAUUAUCCUUAAUAAUUUGGCUCAUUUUAUAAUUAACCUAUAAUUGGAAACUCAUCAGACAAUUGUAUUGUUAUAGAAGAUGAUAAUGUAUGUUUAUUAUUUAUUAUUACUAUUUAGAUUUAACAUCCACUGAACCCAAAUCAAUAAUCAAUAAUUUAAACGUAAACUAAUAGAGAAUAGACAACUUAAUAAGAGUAGUUGAUGAUUCUAGAAUAGCCAUUAGAGAAAUAGAUGUAAUAAUAUGACAAAUUAAAUGAAAAUGAACCACACAUUAGAAUAAGUGUUUUUAAACAACAUUCAACUCAAAUUGAUGCUGAAUACAUUCUCUAAUAUGAUAGGUAUGUUAAUUAAUAAUUAUCAAUUAGAAUUUUAGGAAAUUAAUACAAAAAUGAAAUAAUUAUAGGAAGAAAAAAAUUAUAGGAUGAUAAAUCAGAAAAUUGUGAUAUAUGUAAUCAUUUUAAACUAAUAACUUUAGAAUUACCUCAUGGAGAUAAAAAUGUUGAAAAAGUCCAUUGUAAACUUUCAACUGAAAAAGGUUUCUCUUAUUCAAAUCUUCUAACAAAAUCAGUUCUACUAUUCUUCUCAUUAUUUAAGUCAAAUAAGUAUGCAAUGAAAUUACCAUUUUCAGUUAAAUAACAUAUAUACUCAUUUAUUAAGUAAUAAUAUUCAUAUUUCUUAGAGACAAGCCUUAAUUUUAUUUAACAGAUAAUGCAACUAAGACAGGAACAUUCUUAAAAAUAAAAAAGGAUAAUUACAAAAUUAUGUAAUUACAUAAUACAUAUCUAAUUGGAGCUGAUACAUACUUUCAUAUUAUGGAAAUCAAAUCAAAACCUACAUAAAUAAAAUAUAAAAAAAAUAAAGAUUUAAAUUAGUUUUAUAAUGCUCUAGCAAAAGAACAUAUAAGAAAAGGUGUUAAGAUUCAUGGACUUACAUUAGAAGAAAGUGAAUAAUUAAAUGUAUUAAUAAAUGAAUUCAGAACUAACAAUUUAACACAAAGAGCUCCUCAUAAAUUAAGUCAAUAUGAUAGACCCUAUUUAAAAUUUGCCUUCAAUAGUCCUUCUAUCAAUUAAAUUUAAUCUCAUAUAUUCAUUGCUAAAUAUGAUUAAGAAUCUGUAUUUAAAAUUGGAAGAUCCCAAGAAUGUGAUGUCAUUAUUAAUAUUAAUACUGUUUCUAGAAGAUAGGCACAAAUAAUAUAUAAAAAUAAUGAGUAUAAAUUAUAUACAUAUUAAGAUGGUACAUCCAUGAUGGUGAAGGUGUUAGAGAGUCAGCAAAUGGCACAUGGUAGUCUCUACAAAAUUAUUCAACGAAAAAUCAUGAAAAAAAAAUAUAAAGUAAACCCAGAUUGAUUGAAGAUUAAAUGGAGAUCAAAAUUAGUGAGAACAUUAUUAAGUUUGAUUUUGUAAACUUUGGUGUUACUAAAAAGUAUUUAUUUUAAUCAUUAUUUUAGACGAAAACUUAAUUAAGCUUUAAUUCAGGAUUUACUUUGGUGAU